UUCUUCGAGAUUCAGGACACGACCACCUACUUAGGCUUGUGCGCCUAUCAGACGAUUGCAGUGCUGAUGUUAGUGUGCGGCUAUGCGGCGCCGGACUCCUUCGUGCUCAGCAUGACCCUCCACGUUUGUGGCCAACUCGCCGUUCUGUCGUGCAAAAUUGAAAACUUGUUGCAAGAUCACGUGAAUUAUAAUCGUCACAUCCGCACUAUCAUAAUGAGGCAUCAUCAGCUAAUAACGUUAGCAGAGAUCUUGGAAAGUAAUUACAAUAUGAUAUUUCUUCAACAAACUCUGGGAACCGUUUUCUUGCUCUGUUUAACUACGUAUCACAUUGUCGCGAAUACGGAACACGGCGAUAAUACCAACAGCGUGAGUUUUUUGCUUUGCGCUUGCAGCGUGUUUAGUACGAUUCUCGCGUACUGCUACAUAGGAGAAUGUCUCAUUACCGAGAGCGAUGUCGGCCAUAUCGAAGAUCUGUUCGUUCACUUAGAACGUAUCUUCUCCGUCGGGGGAAUAUGGCCGUUCGAGCGGACGUACGUUCGUUUUGCGAUUUACAUCACGUACUUCACGCUGUACCUCAUUAUGGCAUACGCGAAUCUCUGGGACGUUCUCGGUAACCUCGAGCUGAUGGUGAUGAAUCUCGUGGAGACGGUGGCUUACAGCAUCACCUUCCCGAUGGUGUGGGUGAUCCGUUGCAGCGGUCUGCUGAAGCGCGUCAUCGUCGUGGUGAGAAAGGACAUGGUAGAGCGGAAGUUCGAGGAUCCCGAGGAGGAGAGGAUCUACCACUAUUACAAUUACACGUCCAAGAUAUUCCUCUACGGCUCGACCGUCGGCAUGUUCAUCACGGUGAUGCUGUUAUACUUUAGACCGCUCAUGAGUUUCUCGAGCAACGAUCAAGAAUUCGAUAACAGCACAAACUCCUUCGUCUUACCCUACAGGAUCCACACAUUUUACGACAUCGCCAACACCCGCACAUACGUGCUUAUGUAUCUCUAUCUAUUUCCAAUGUUCUACAACUCCAUGUGUCACAUGGCGGCGAUUUGCCUGCUGGUCAUUUUAGUGUUUCACAUCUGCGGCGAAUUGUCCAUUCUGUCGUACCGCAUCAAGAACGUACAAACGUACUCGCAAGAUGUGCUGGCAGCCAGAAUUCGCGAUUUCGUCCGAAUGCAUCUCAAAAUAAUAUGGAUGGCCAAGUCCGUUGACGAUACCUUCAACAUGGUUCUUAUGGAUGAACUUUUCGGCAACAGCGUUAUAUUGGCCAUCUCGAUGUAUUACGUCUUGAUGAACUUGAAGAUCACGGAGUUAGCGACCUGCUGUACGUUUAUAUUUUUUGCCGCGAUCGCGCUCGUUAUGCUCUACGGAUACUGCUUGAUCGGCGAACAACUGACUCAACAGUGCGUAAGCGUGCAGGAUGCGUACUAUCAGUGCAAUUGGUACGAGAUGCCAUUCAGUUGCAAGAGAUGCCUCCUGAUAUGUAUGCUUCGUGGCCAAGUUAUGCUCUAUCUGACAGCCGGAAAAUUUUACAUAUUCUCCCUGAACGGUUUUACGGAUGAUCAGAAGGACCUAGACCGUGCAGCACAGGUAUUGUCGUGGAACAAACGACUGAUGUCGACGCUGGGUCUCUGGCCGUUUCGCAAUAACAAUCUGAUUUUCACCAUCAACUACAGCUACUUCGGCUUCCUCAUGAUCUUGGAAUUCUUCGAUCUGUUUCUCUUCAUCGACAACCUCGAGCACAUAAUCAUGAAUUUAACGGAGAACAUGGCGUUUUUGCAGAUACUCGUGAGAAUGAGCACAUUACGGUUAUAUAACGGCCAAAUCGGUGAGGUCAUAGCCGAGAUAAUGAAGGACUUCGAUAGGGCGAGUUAUAGAACGUUCGAGGAAAUGAAAACGUUCAUUUCGUACAACGCCAGGUCAAAAGUCUUCAUGAAAUUGCUGAUGGUGUUUGUCGCAUUGACAGCCUCGUCGUAUUACUUGACACCAAUUAUAAUUAUACUCGGAAGCGGUCUGCCGCGAAUUACGAUCGGCGAGAACGUAACUCGGGUGAUUUACCUUUUGCCGUAUCGCUUUCAUGUGUUCUACGCGGUGGAGGACUUGCGCACCUACGUGAUCACGUACGUUCUGGAGUUUCCCUUCGUGUUUAUCAGCGGUUUCGGACAGACCGCCGCCGACUGUGUCAUGGUGACCCUCUCCUUUCACAUUUGCGGCCAAAUGUCGGUGCUGGCUCUGCGCAUCAACAACAUAGACACCGAUCCUCUCAUUUGCGGCCGCGAAAUACGGAACGUCGUGCGCACGCAUAUACGAUUGCUACGGAUGGGAAAAAUGAUAGAAAAGAUAUUCAGCAUAACAUUGUUGGUUAAUCUCAUAGGAGCUACUUCUCUCCUGUGCAUUCUCGGUUACCAAAUCUUAACGAAUUACGCCAAAGGCGAGAGGGGGGUGCUCGUUAUGUUCCUGAUAUUCCAGUUUUUGGUCUUGUUAAUACUCUACGCUCUUUGCACCGUUGGCGAAAAUCUUUUGACUGAGAGCAGUAAAGUAUGCGAGGCGUUUUACCAUUGCAAUUGGUACAACAUGUCGAAGGAAAAUGCACGGAUAAUAAUACUGUGUAUGGCGAGAUCGCAAAAGCCGCUGUGUCUGAAAGCCGGCAAAUUCAGCAUAUUUUGCCUCAGCACUUUGACUGACUCUUUAAAAACAUCCAUGGGAUACUUGUCGGUACUGCGUUCCUUUUUAUAAUACCAUGGUCGAACGACAAUUUCGGAGACGUGGGAAUAAUAAUAUCUAAAUCACGUGUGCUCAAGUAGAGGUAAAUUUACAAAUUAUAAUAAAAAGAGAGAGAGACUAGAGAAAGACCAUUUACCUCUGAUAAUUUCACUCUUUUUAUAUUGUAUGUUAUCGAGGAAUUUAAUUAUUUAACAGAAAAAUUGUAUAAGAAAUUAAAAAUAUCAGUUAAUUGUUUAGAGUGCUACUUCAGUGUAACAAGGAAAUGCAAUAAGGAAGGAACUUAUCUAAGAGGAAAAAGAUUCGUACUUAAGUUAGGGGGAAGGUAUAUAAGUUAUAUCAAAUCUUCUCCUACAUAUUACUAAUAGUAAAUCAUAUGAUUAUGUGAUUUUGUGUUCGGAAUCUAUCCCCAAAAGCUUUGAACAUGAGAGUGUGUGUUUAUAUGUAUAUGUACAUAUACAUUUAUUUGUUGUAAAUAGUUUCCGAACAUG